AUGGAAGGCCUCGAGCGUGCCCGCGCCAUCAAGGUCGAGAUCGAGAACAACAUCUCCGUCCUACAGCCUCAAGAUAAGAAAACCAGCAAACGCCGCUUCGUUCAAGAGGACCCAGAGAACCAGCUUAUCAAGACGCUCCGUACAGACCAGCACAAGACCUGGAACGAAAUCGCUGAAUAUCUCAACAAGGAGCGCCGCAAUGUCGGCGAGGCUGCUGAUUUCACUGAUGUCGCCGUCUACAGUCGCUUCGUCCGCAACACCCCACCCAUCGCUGCCACCGUCGGUGAGAUCGGCUUCGACCCCAAGGACUAUAUGCACCUGCGCUACCCGAACCAGAACAUGUAUGGCGACAAGACUGGCAUGAUUAGCAAGGCAGGCAAAAAGCGUGUCAAGAACUACGACAACGCGACGGAGCUCAAGGCCAAUAUGCGACAGCAGGUGACACCCGAUGAGCAUGGGGACUUGGAGACGGCGGAGAAGACUGAGCAGCUUAUGGAUGCUGUGGCGAAGGUGGAAAGGAACUUCUGGAUCUUGGUUGCGGAUGAGAUGGAGCGGGCCACUACGAGGUUGUAUCAACCUGACGAAUUGGCGAGCCGCUAUCAUGCUAUUUGA